GCGGCACCUUGAAGGCAGGAGCGGAAGGGGGCUGCUCGAGCGUGGCGGGAGACCAAUACACUCGGAUAUAUGUAUGAUGAAUGGCUCUAAAUCUCAAGGUGCAAAAUGAGUGCAGCAAAAAACAAAAAUAAAAAGGAGUUGUGUUGCUUUUGUGGUAUUGGACAUGGACAAGAAUUACAACUGGGGAAGCUGUAUACUCUAGAUAACAUUACUGUACACUAUUAUUGUAUGUUAUUCUCAAGCGGCUUAGCUCAAAAUGGCGAUGACAAUGAAGGCAUCUUGGGAUUUUUUCCUGAAGACAUAGAAAAGGAAAUUCACCGGGGAAGAAAGCUGUCUUGCUGUUACUGUCUCAAGAAAGGAGCAACAAUUGGCUGCUCGGAGAAAAAGUGUCGCAGAACUUACCAUUAUGCAUGUGGAUUACAACGUUUUGCUGUUGGUAAAUUUGCUGAUGAUUUCAGGUCAUAUUGUGCACAGCAUCGUGACUAUCAGAAAGGACCUGGUGUGGGUGCAGAAGUUGAAUGUCCUAUUUGCAUGGAGGAACUUAUAGCAGAUCCAAAGGUAGCAGUUUGGGCUCCUUGCUGUAAGAGGGAUUCAUGGUUUCAUAAAAUUUGUCUGCAGAAAUUGGCUUUAAGUGCUGGGUACUUCUUUAAGUGUCCACUGUGCAACGACAAGGAAACGUUUUUAAGGGAGAUGCAAAAUGUUGGCAUCUUUGUACCGGAAAAAGAUGCAAGCUGGGAAUUGGAGCCAAAUGCCUUUAGUGAAUUACUGGAACGUCCCAUCCACUGUGAUGCUCCAAAAUGCAAGUGCCCCGAUGGACGCAAGAGUGAUGAAGAUGGCUCGAGAUGGGAAAUUCUUCUCUGCAACUUGUGUGGUUCAUCAGGUGUUCAUGUUGCCUGUGGAGGUCUGCCAUUCACAUGUGUUGAAUGGACCUGCCCAGUGUGUGCAGACAUGAUAACAGAGAGUGUAAAACGUAUGCGACAGGAAGUUCGUAAGAGACGCCUUCAAAAUAGAAAUGUCAAGUUAAAACAAAAUUCACUUGAAUCCACUUCACAUGAGAUGGCUGUGGGAAAUAGCCAAUCAGCAGAGGAAACAGGUUCCAUUUAUAGUGAUUGUUCUUAUGAAGACAUGGCUGUCGAUUCUGGAAUCUGCAAUGAAACGCCUUGUAAAAGAAAGUUAGAAGUUAUGGACUGGAAUGAUGAAACUCCAGCAAAGACGAGUAAAGGAGACAGUGAGGACACUGUUCUUAAGCUAACAUAUGCUAGUGAUUCAGAUGAUGAAAUUGACAUUGAGCUGGGGGAAUACCAGGUUCCUCCUCAUACCAUUAUUAGAGAACUUAAAGAGCAUGGGGAGGAACUACCUUCACAAUUAAGAAGAUUAAAAGACUAUGCAAUUCGAGCACAAAAAAGAAUGCUGGAGUUAAGGCUGACUGAAGCUGAAAUGGUGAUGAUGGCAAAAGAGUCUUCAAAGUAUAAAGCUUUUUGUGUUAAUAAAUCAGACAUACAGAGGUUUUAUCGGUAUAGCUUGCCCUUAGAAAAGAUGUUACAAAUGCUAAAGCUAAUUACAGCAAUUUUUGAUCUUCGGAAAGCUGCUGUUGAAGAAGCUCAAUCUUCAUCUGCAAAGAAACAGAAGAAAACAAAAUCAAUUACACCAAAUGGUAGAAAAUGUGGGAAAAAAUCUGCUCCAGGAACUCCGAAAAUAAAAAUUCCUCUUCUGAAAAGUGCUCUUGCACAGUCAUUGAUUGCUGCAGGAAAAUCACCAAAGACUGUAGAGCAACAUCAGGUAGAAGCAAUUGAAGACUGUUCAGUUCUAGACACUUGGUCAAUGCAAAACACACAGCCCAAUAACAUGGAAUACUCGUCAUCCUUGAAUAUUGAAAAGGUUUCUGGAGAUGGUAAAGAUGUGAAAGGGGUCCUUCUCAGUACAAGUUCUGCUGCAACUGUUACUAUCAAUGACAAUAGUAAUGAAGCAUCUAUCCAAGCUCCUGAAUCUCUUAAGACAUGUGGGGAAACAAGCCAAAUAUCAAAGUCAGGUGAAGCUCUUAUGCAUGUACAACCUAAGACAUCUGCAGUUGAUGGUCUGCUGGAGGAUCAGAACACAGAGUCCAAGAAUGGGAAGAGUACAAGUACGAAAGGGGUUAAACAGGAAACACAGACACUAGGAGCCUGCCGUAAGCUCUCGCUUGAGUUUGCCUCCAAUAUUGAGAAAUUGGAAGAGAGUUAUACUUCCAGUCCAUCUACAGACAUCCUUCUAGACUCAUCUCAUAGGUAUGAGAAUGUACUGAUGUCUAUACCAUUAAUAGCAAACACUAGCAUUAGUGAAUUGUCUAAUGAUGUUGAAGUAGAAGUCAAAAAGUGUACAAACCAAAAAUUAGCAAAUGAGGAAAACUGUGGAUCAAGCUCAUUAAAAGCUGAGGUAGAACUUGGAUCUGCAGGUAAGAGUUGUAAUAUAAAAGGGGAGGAAAAACUAAGACAAACUGUCUUAAUGCCUUUUAAUUCUGAUGUUAAUCAAAAUUUAGAGCCUACCAAAAAGAAACGAGUGAAGUCUCACUGUACUGAUAAAAAUAAGUACGUGCAGAAAACACUGUCACCUUUCAUUUUGAAAAGAAAGAAUCCAAGUUAAGGAAUAGUUAAAAGGUGAGAAAUUGUAAAGCAUAAGGGAAGAUAUUUACAGUGACUCCUUAUGUGUCUUGGUAUUAUUUAGUUCAUUGCUUAAGUGUUUAAAACAUGUUUUGUGAAGUACAGUAUCUUUUCUUUCUUCCUCGAAGUGCAAUGGUCUUCAUAUUCCUGACUUAUCAGGUAUUUGAUGGGUUAGUGUGAGACAUAUAUAAUUUAUUAUAUAGUACAUAAUUCAUGAUUUUCUUUGAAAAAUUUUAAAAGAGAGAGAAAUAUUAGACUUUCAGGUGAUUAAUAUAACUCUUAAUGUAUUUUUUAUAUUCAGUAGGACAUUCUGUCCUUUGGCAGUAAAAGUUGUUGAGCAUUCAUUACUGGAUUGAUCUUGUUGAUCAUCUGGUGUGUGUUUGCUGAUGAGAUUGAAGACAAAUACCAGUACUUGUAUGUAGUAAAAUGACAAAACGAGAUUUAUGUGAUGAUUUGGCCAUUAAAUUAUAUUUUCUAAAGUUGGAAGUUUUCUGCAGUGUUUACAAGACUUGAUGUGUAUUUUUUUUAUUUUAGUACAGUAUAAGAAUUAUACAAAAGCUCUCAAAUGAGGGUGUAUAAACUUAUUAGUGCUGGUUCAAUACAUAACAGUAGUUGUAUCCAUGGGCACUACAAGCCUCACUGAUCAUGCUGUCAUCAGAGAAGUCUGGUUUUGGACCCAGCUGCUAGAGUACAUGAAAACUAAAAUUGGCCUCAGUUAAAUCACAGGCAAUUCAAUUUGUGCCCAUGUAUUGUUGGGGCAUACAGCACUGCCUGCCAAUAAGGGUGGUGAGAGACAAGAUUUGAUGCAGAUUAAUGCAAAUUUUUCAGACUGUUAUGUAUUUGCAUAAAAUAAUAAAAUGAAUUCGAUUGUCAAAUACUAUCACUUCUUUGAAUAGAAAUAUGAAUAGAUAGGCAUUUAGUCAGAGUAAGUGAAUGGAAGGUUUAGCACUAACAUUCCACAGGUGCCUACUGAUAUUAUCAAGAAUGAAUCGCUUCUUUCUAAUGAAGUAGUGCUCAUGAAAUAAGUUAAAAACAGCAAAUAUUUUGACACAUGCUAUCAAAAUACAAAAUAAAAUUGACAAGCCAGAGUUAAUAAACGACUAAUAAUGGAAGAUGCUUGUAAGUGUAAAUGCAGCUAGAUGUGUAUGCUCUGUAGCCAGCAGUGAAUUGUUACAGUAGUCAGCAGUAACAUGUUGCAGUAGUCAAUACUAAUUUGUUGCAAUAGCCAGCAGUGAAUUGUUGUAAUAGGCAACAGUGGCUUGUUGCAGUAGUCAGCAGUGAAUUGUUGCAAUAGCCAUCAAUGAAUUGUUAUAUUAGUUAGUAGUGAUGUGUUGUAAUAGCCAACAGUGAAUUAUUCCAGUAGCCACCACUAAUAUGUUGCAAUAGCCAACAGUUAAUUGAUGCAAUAGUCAGCAACAACCAUGCAACAGCCAGCCAGUGGCGGCCAGUGCAGUAGCCAGCCAGCAAGUUUACCUGUUGCUAGGUUGUAAUGAUAGUCGUGAGUGAAUCUAUUGAUAUGAGCAUAGUGUGUUUACAUCGACUUCUGACAGUUAUUUAUAUUUUCCUCAAGUGUUAUAUUAGAGUGUCUUUAACUGCUUGUCUAUAAAAAGAUCUUUGGGUCUUUAAAGCAAGACUGAGGGAAUUUGUAAAUAAAAUUAAGUAAUCAUGGAUACUUUGAAGUUCAUGAUCAUGAAGUUAAAUAUUUCUCUUGGUUAAGGGAAUACAAUUUUUGUUAAUAUGGUUGAAUAUUAAUUAAAACAAACAAGCUGAUUAAUUUUAAAAUUAAAAAGUAAAUUAGGUGAACAGCUGAAAAGUAGUGGUUGGCCAAUGGCAUUGUUCCAUUGGAUAAAGUGAAACUUGCCUAUUGUGUACCAUUAUGAUUGAAUGGUGAUUUUGAACAAAGGUAGUGUUAUACCUGUGGAGUUUUACUUAAAGUACACAAAGUACCCAAGAUAUCUUUAGUUUAUUAGUUAGUGUGGAUUAAUUAUCUUCAUUUUCAGGUUGUAUUGGUUAAAGGGAGAGUAUAAUUUGUAUUUUCUAGGUAUUUUAUUUUAAAGUAGACUUAUUUGAUUUAUUGGUGUAAAUAUCUGGUUUAUAUGAAAGUAGGCAUUAUAUUAGUUUGAAAAUUCUUAACUCUUUCGUAGCAGUUACGAUGAGAUUUGUCCUGCAUAUGAAUAGGUAUCCAUAGAUUUAUGGAGCCGGUAGAUUUGGCGCUCCUGCGUCUAACACAAAUAUUAAAUCUAUUUGUGCAGAGAUCUGAAUCUUCAUAUUUUGUGUUACAUAUACAUUAGAUUUGUAGUACUAGCCAGUUCCUACGUGCUUCCUUAUUCAAAUAUUGUUACAGGUAUACGAGCUAAACUCUUACACAAUGUCUCGGUACAAGUGAUAUAAUCUUGGGGGGGUGCAGUGUUGUUUGUAGUGUACAUAGUGUCCAGAAAUAUACCUAUGGAUAUUCCUAUAAGAUAAUUUGUGUUAAUACAUGUACUAUAUGCACCAUUGGUUUUCACAGCAAGACAGUUAUUAUUACUGUAUAUAAUAUUUUAGAUAGUCAUUAGUGCCAAGUAUACUAAAAUAAUGUUCACAGUGUCAAAGCAAAUUCUUUGCUGUUCAACAUCAUACUUAUCAUGACAUUUCCUGUUUUUUAUAAUAAUUGGUGGCAUGGCAUUAUUGGAUGAUCAUAACAAAUGUUUUUUUUUUGUGUCUUCAUGUUCCAUCUUGCCACAAUAUGCAGAGAAUACGUAGUGGUGAAGCCAUACACAGACUACUAAAAUAAA